CAUCGUGAGUGCGUGCGUGCAUGAUUCAAUAAUUUGCCUCUUGCGCGACGAGCCUCGAUUGUGAUCUUUGGCCCCUAUUGCGGUGGUCUUAGUUUUUGUGUCGCGUCGAAAGUCGGUCAAACACGGGGCGGUGCGAUGGCCAGCAGCGACGUGCUGAUCAUAAAUCUGAGGAAAAGCUUUUUGUUACCAAACUGCUAGAGGACGCGGCGGUCUUCGACGGUGUCCGGUGUGUCCUCCUGGUUCCCGUCGUAUUGCUCGUGUUGUCGUUGUGUUUUUGUGUUAUUUUUCUGUUCUGUGUUGGCGGUUUUUGUGUGCAAUUAUGUGAGCAAUUAUUAGGAGCAUAGCUUGAGUCUAAUUACCAAAAAUUGUACCUGUGAUAACGAUCGUUCCAGUUUUUGUUGAUAACGUGCACCCAGAGAGAGAGAGAGAGAGACCUGGUCAGCACCGGUUAUUCUUUUACCAUUUCGCAAUAUCUCCUCCAACCCCCGUUCGUGCCCGUUAGUAGCGCCAGGUUGCUGACCUCGUUGUAGUAGGAGGCCUCGGUUGUUGCAUCGUCGAGUGUAACCACAGCAACUCAGUACCCCCUCCUCCAGGUGGGUUAUGUAACGGCCUCGUCGUUGGCAUCAUGCGUAAGCAGGGUGCCCUUUCACAUCGACGCCUACUACCGACGCCAACAGCAACUGCUACUGGCGCCAACUAGGAUUUCCAAUCAUCCACGGCUUUGUCGCGAAAAUGGUAAAGUCCCGCGUGUGAUGUUGGUGCUCGAAGGAAACCCUCGAGAACGAGAAGUACGUUGAGGUAGCCCCGUACGGCGAGGUCCACGUUCUUUGCCGUGCGCUACUUUCGCGCCUAUCCACUUCCCGUUAUGCGAUCCUCUUGGCGGCCUGAAUUACCGGCAACACCAAGGAGCACCAGCUAACCUGGGUGACAAACGCGUUAGCAACGGAACACGCGACCGGAAGUGCCCUUCGCAACCACGAUUCCAAAGGCUUCGUUGCGAGUGCGAGCAUAAAGCACGUUAAACCCAUCCGUUCCGUUAUCGAUUUUCAUUGGCCAUUGGGGUGUACGGCAACAACGUAAUUUCUCCCCGGCGACGAACUAUACCAAUUCAAUCGCACACGACGUCGAACACGGAUUGUACGAACGCCAACGGGCCCUUCUGCAUAUUUGAAUUUGUGCCAGUCAUAGCCUUUCGCCACGAACAUAUACGAAUCAGUCUGGGUCACCGGCAGCCGGCACGACAAGCGACGACAGCAGCAGCACGAGCACGAUGCAGCAAACGGCGGCCACAGGCCGGACGGAAAUGCGGCCGGUCAAGUACCAUUAUGCUGAUUCCUUCUGGUGUACCUAUCUGGUCUCGGUGUUUGCGGCCAGUAUCGCCGAAACGGUCACCUACCCGCUGGACCUAACGAAGACGCGCCUUCAGAUACAGGGUGAAGCGGCUUCAACGAUGGCAACGAACGCUGCUGGAGGCGCUAUCAAGAAGAUCAAAUACCGAGGAAUGCUAGCAACGGCAAAUGGUAUCAUCCGUGAGGAGGGCGCCCUGAAGCUAUGGCAAGGCAUUACACCAGCCCUCUAUCGGCAUUUGGUGUACAGUGGUGUCCGCAUCGUGACGUAUGAUGCUAUCCGGAAGAAGCUACGCAACGGAAAGGAUCACUUUGCGCUCUGGCAAUCGGCACUGGCCGGUGUUGGGGCCGGCUCGCUAGCGCAGUGGCUCGCUUCACCAGCCGAUCUGGUGAAGGUACACGUUCAGAUGGAGGGUAGAAGACGGUUGCAGGGCCUGGAGCCACGGGUGCACAGUGCUGCGCAUGCUUUCCGUGAGAUCAUCGCACGUGGUGGCAUCUUCGGGUUGUGGAAGGGCAGCGUACCGAACGUGCAGCGUGCUGCCCUUGUUAAUCUGGGCGAUUUGACCACCUACGAUACGGUGAAGCACUUUAUCAUGCACAAAACUGGCCUACCGGACUGUCACGUGGUUCACAUCAUGUCUUCGAUCUGUGCCGGCCUGGUUGCGGCUACCAUGGGCACGCCCGCAGAUGUGGUGAAGACACGCGUCAUGAACCAACCGACGGAUGCGAGUGGAAAAGGGCUGCUGUACAAGGGUUCCAUCGAUUGCUUACAGCAAACGAUCGGUAAAGAGGGAUUCUUCGCGCUCUACAAAGGCUUCCUACCGGUUUGGAUUCGUAUGGCACCGUGGUCGCUAACGUUCUGGCUGUCAUUUGAGCAGAUACGUUCCAGCCUUGGUGCCAGUGGAUACUAGGACGAUCGAGCAGGGCGCACACAAUGGGAAGCGCGCGUCUCCUCAGUAACCUCACCGUGCCAUCAACCAGCAACGCACAUGAUCGUUUCCACAUUAGCAUCCUCCUACGCCAUAGAGUGAGAGGGAACUGUACGCUAUUUGCUCUUCAUUGGUUUACGUUUGUUUUUUGAAGCUGUGAUUUAGAGUAGUGUAUGUAGUGCACAUCAAGAGCCGUGUUUGGCGGGCGUGUAUCUUGAACCUUUAGCUUUGGGGGCGGUAAGGUUUAGGCUCGUUCUAGUGAAGUGAUUAUCGUAGGAAGCAGGAUUCGGUAGAAGCACUAGCAAAGGCGUUAAUUAUUAGUAAGCGUAAACUAUCCCGUGCUAUCUAGUUCCAUCAUCAUAUCCCGAACUCUCUUGAGAGCGUCAUAGCCAAAUAGCAGCAGCACCACCAUAUUUUAGCUCGUCAUGCAGAAGUUCCUUUUCGAAAUCAUACGUGCACAAUUGGCCUUGAGAAGUAUGCUGACAUGCUGGAGAUGGUGAGCGGAAGGGUGCGAUUCCUUUCGUGAUCAAACAACCCCCUCAAACAACGACGACAAUACCAAACUUUUGUAUCACACUGUGUGUACCUCGUUUCGGGCUUCUUCGGGCAGGAAUGGGGACACUUUUUAGUAUUUAGUGGAGCGAAACAGUUGUCGCUAGUGGUAGUAUUGCCCCACCUCCCUCAAAAAAAGAAACUUUCCACCGUUUCUCAUGUUCCAACAACCUCCUCCUUCCCGCCCGUUCGUGCGUUGCAACAGCUCGAAAUGUAUUUUUUGUAAAUAAUUGUACGUGUGUAGGAUAGUGCAAAAGGAACAAAGCGACAUAUUACACUGCGGUUAUUAUAGGACUUAGGAUUUGCAACAAUCGUCGAAUGCGAAGCAUAUGAUGAUGUCGGUUCUGUCGGUUUUUGGUGUUUUUUUUCGGUAGAGCUUUGUGCAUAGGACAUUGAUUGUCAGAUACAAUUAAUAAAAGAACCAUUCAAAACUGCCA